AUGGGGCCGCCGGGCCUGAGCUCCAGGCGCAGGCAGGGCUGUGAAUCCAGGCCACCCGCGCAGGAAGCGAGCUCCUCUGGGCACACGCACGCCCUCUGGUCUCCUCUGCCCACCCAGGCCGACCAGACCCGCCAUGCUGUCUGCCUGUGCUUCUGGGUGCCACUCCUGCUCUCCCUGGGUGUCGUCCGGCAGCUCAGCACCCGCUGUGACUCUGUACAUCGAGUGGUCAAGGUGAAGGCGAAAGGCCCCAGACCUGUCCACGGCGGCUCGGUCCUCCAGCAGACGCCGGCGAGCAUCCAGGUCCUGACCGACCAAACGGUGACACUGUCCUGCAAGGAGAAAAGCUCCCCCAGUAGCACGCGCGUCCACUGGCUGAGACAGAGGCAGCCACCGAGCGGUGACAGUCACCACGAGUACUUGGCCCUCUGGGAUUCCACGAAAGAGACUGUGCUUGGCGAGGAGGUGGCCAGUGACAAGCUCGCAGUGUUUCGGAAUGGAACCUGCUUCCAUCUCAGCCUCCGCCGCGUGCAGCUUGCAGACAGCGGCGUCUACUUCUGCAUGGUUGUGGGGAGCCCCGAGCUGACCUUCGGAUCGGGAACUCGGCUGAGCGUGGUGGACUUCCUCCCCACCACGGCCCGGCCCACAGAGAAGCCCACCCCCAAGAAGAGAGUGUGCCGGUUCCCCAGGCCAGUGAUCCGCAAGGGCCCGCCUUGUGGCCCCGUCACCCUUGGCCUACUGGUGGCCGGCGUCCUGAUUCUGCUGGUGUCCCUGGGUGUGGCAACCCGCCUGUACUGCCAGCGGCGAAGAGCCCGGCUGCGCUUCAUAAAACAGAAAUUUGGUCUCACUUGCCUGAAAAUAAGUGGUUUCACGAUCUGCUGUUGUUUCCAGGUUUUACAGAUGAGCCGAAAAUCCGGUUUUGGUGUCCUCCUACAAAAAGACAUUAAUCAGUAA